CAAGAAGAUUAUUCGGGGGUUUGCCUUCUUCAACGAGUGUCUCGUCAAGUCACAUCAGACGAACAAAGCAAACCAAAAAGCCAUUCACGACUCUCAUGGCCAGGGCAUCGCGUCGCUCUUCAUCCUCCUCAAAGACACACGGUCACCCGUCACCGGUUGAGACACCCGAGUCACCCAUUCUCCCAGUUCCCCAGACGGAGGCAAUCCGAAACAGUCCUCCAAAACCUGCCGUUCCCGACACCAUGGCGGAUGCUCAGGCCACAAUUCCCAAACCUCAGACCAGUCGCUCCCAAGUUAGGACCCCAGAACCGCGCCAAUCCAAAGAGCGCAUAAACGGCCAGAAAGAGACCGGCGAGAGAUCGCCCAGCACCCCCGGGCAUCUGGCACCAUUUGACUGGGAUGAGUUCGAGGCGCGCUACGAAGAGGCGCUCGCCGACGCUGAUCUCCAGGAGCAAGAGCUUCUGAGAGAGUUUGAGGAUCUUGUCAAGUUCUUCAACGUCUGGGCCUCCGCGGCCUCAGUCCAUGACACCGAGCGCGGCGUGAAGAGACUCCAGACCAGAGAACGAUACGUCAAGAUAGCUGAACAGAGCUUGUCACAGAAGAAAAAGCAUCGUAAGUUUUGUUCUUAUAUCCUUUCUUUUUCAUCGUCUUCCUCUUCCUCCUUUGUCUUUGUUCUUGUCUUCCUCUUCCUUCUUCUCUUAGUUCACACCACGGCUGUCCAGUCCUGACCUAACAUAUCACCAGUCUCUGAGGUUGUCCGCGCUUUCCAGAGUGCCCUGGCGCUCCUGAGCCAGUCUUAAACUACACACCACAAGGAUGAUUGGUUGGAGGAUGUUUUGAACUGGUUCUCGCGGCACGUUGCAAAGUACUUUGUCAGCCAGUACGACCCCUGGCACCGAAACAUCGAGCAGGCGCGCAGUGUUUAGAAAGGCGAAAAAGACACGACACUCGACAAAGCCACAUCAAAAACACAAGCAAAAAGAACAAA